GGAGGAGCAGGGAGUCCUCAUCGUGUCCCUCAGCCAUGACGGAGACGACACACCGAGGCUCAGCCCAGCAGAACCAAGACGCUGAAAGCAGAAGAACAAUUCAUGAGAAGUUUGAUGCCUUUAAAACUAAAGAAAAAGGACUCAAACCCGCGGACUCAGGAUGACGCUGCUCCUCAGAGCCCUGGCUCCGCUUCUGCUCUGGGCCGACCCCCCCCUCAUGCUGCGGUGGGUCGGGACGGGUCUGCUGGCGCUGCUGGUGGGUUGGGCGGCGAGGCUGCUGCUGCGCCACGCCUGGUUCACCCGCAGAAUGUCCCGCUUCAGCAGGCCGAGGACGCGCUCCUGGCUGCUGGGUCACCUGGGCCAGAUGCAGAGCAGCGAGGAAGGCCUCCAGCGCGUGGACCAGCUGGUGCAGACCUACCGACACUGCUGCUGCUGGUUCCUCGGCCCGUUCUACCACCUGGUCAGAGUCUUCCACCCCGACUACGUCAAACCGCUGCUGAUGGCGUCAGCCAAGAUGACGGUGAAGGACGACCUGAUCUAUGGUCACCUGCGUCCGUGGUUAGGACAAAGUCUGUUGCUAAGCAACGGGGAGGAGUGGUCCCGCAAGAGACGACUGCUGACUCCAGCCUUUCACUUCGACGUCCUGAAAGAGUCCGUCUCCACCUUCAACUCCUCCACCCACACCAUGCACGAGAAAUGGCGCCGCCUGGUGGCUACAGGGGAAACCAGCCUGGAGAUGUUCGGUCACGUGACUCUGAUGACGCUGGACAGUCUGCUGAAGUGUGCUUUCAGCUUCCAGAGCGACUGCCAGGAGUCCACCUGCGCAUACGUGUCCGCCAUCGUGGAGCUCAGCGACCUCAUCAUCGACCGCAGGUUCAGGAUCCUCCACCACUGGGACUGGAUCUACUGGAGAACCCAGCAGGGGAGGAGGUUCAGGCGGGCUCUGAGUGUUGUUCACGAGUUCACCAGAGAAGUGGUGCAGAAGCGCCGGGCGCUGAUUGGCCAGCAGGGGGAGACGGCCCCAAAGAGCCGGGACUUUGUUGACAUCAUCCUGACCACCAAGGAUGAAGACGGGCGCAGCCUGUCAGACGAGGAGAUCCAGGCCGAGGCCAACACCUUCAUGUUUGCAGGACACGACACCACAGCCAGCGCCAUUUCCUGGACGCUGUACAAUUUAGCCCAGCAUCCACACUACCAGGAAGAAUGCCGACAGGAAGUGAUGGACCUGAUGCGAGGACGCGCCGGCCGUGACAUCGAAUGGGAGGACCUGUCCAACCUCCCCUUCACCUCCAUGUGCAUCCGCGAGAGCCUCAGGCUCCACCCACCCGUGCAGGCCGUGACCAGGAAGUACACGCAGGACAUGCCUCUGCCGGGGAACCUCACCGUUCCACAGGGCGCCAUCUGUCUGGUCAGCAUUUAUGGAACGCACCACAACCCGGCGGUCUGGACAAACCCCCAUGAGUUCGAUCCUUUUCGUUUUGACCCGGAAAACAAGAAGAGGGUCUCCUCCCACGCCUUCAUCCCGUUCUCCUCGGGGCCCAGGAACUGCAUCGGGCAGAAGUUUGCCAUGGCCGAGCUCCGGGUGGUGGUGGCGCUGACUCUGCUGCGGUUCCGCCUCCACCCGGGGUCCAACCCUGAGCUGGGGGGCAGCCCCGGCCCGGUCCGCCGCCUCCCCCAGCUGGUGCUGCGGGCCGAAGGCGGGCUGUGGCUGCAGCUGGAGCCUCUGGACCCAGCCGGAACCGACCCGUGAAGGGAAUGCGGCGAUGCAGAAAGCUGAGCUUUGUCCUGAAAAAUGUUCAUUUAUGCAUCUAAAAGUCAACAGACUUCAGCUUCAGUGAUUUAAUGAUAAAGAUCAAUAAACUCUGUAAUCAAUUACUUUAACUGGAUGAUAAACACAACUGUGGUGAAA